AUGGGCAAAAAAGACAAUGAAGGGAAACCCAAAGGCAGAAUGUCAUCUUAUGCAUUCUUUGUCCAAACCUGCCGUGAGGAGCAUAAGAAGAAGCACCCCAAUGAUACAGUUGUGUUUGCUGAGUUCACCAAAAAAUGUGCAGAGAAGUGGAAGGAGAUGACUCCCAAAGAGAAGAAACGGUUUGAAGAUAUGGCAGAGAGAGAUAAAGCCAGAUAUGAAAGAGAGAUGUCAUCCUAUGUACCAGUCGGGGGUCAGACUAAAAAGAGGAAGAGGACAAAAGACCCUAAUGCACCAAAAAGAGCUUUGUCAGCCUUUUUCUUUUUCUGUGCCGAGGAGCGCCCAAGCGUCCGUGCUGCUAACCCCGGUAUAGGUGUUGCUGAUGUGGCUAAAGAGCUGGGCAAGAAAUGGGAAGUGUGCCCCAACAAAUCAAAGUUUGAACAGUUGGCUCAGGAAGAUAAAGCCAGAUACGAAAGG